AUGAGGUAAUUAAACGAAGAAGAAACAAAAAUAUUUUAUGAAAAAUUGGGAGAAUAUAUUGGUGCAAAUAUUAAAUUAUUAAUUGAAAAUGAAGAGGAUCCUCAUGUUUUUAGAUUGAUCAAGAAUAAAGUAUAUUAUAUGUCUUUACAAAUUGCAAAUUGGGCAACCAAUGUUGGAAAAGAUGAAUUAUUACAUGUUGGAACAUAUUUUGGAAAAUUUACAAAAACAAAAAAAUUUAGAUUGAAUAUCACUUGUUUAGAGAUUUUGGCCAAAUAUGCUAAACAUAAGGUCUGGCUAAAACCUAGUGGAGAACAAUCUUAUCUCUAUGGAAAUCAUGUAAUUAAGGCACAUUUAGCAAAAAUGUCUGAAAAUAUUCCCUAGUAUGCGAAUGUUAUCUUAUUCUCCUUGUAAGAGAAUCCUUUGGGUUUUGGUGUAGCUUCAAGAUCAACGUUGCAAUGCAAAGAUUUAGAUCCAACUACAGUGGUGGUAUUUAAUCAAGCAGAUUUGGGAGAAUAUUUAAGAUCAGAAGAUGAUAAAAAUGUUGAAAAAUGAUGAUUACUAUAAGUAUUUAGUUUUGUUAAUAGAAAUUAUUCGAACUUUA